UUUCUCGUACAAAAUAUGAAACUUGAUGAUGGAAACAGCUUGUGUCAUUCUGCAUCUGUCGCCAUGUGGGCAGUGGAGGACCAUAAUCUGAUCCUCAGGAAACUUGUCUUUAACGCUCUGGAAAGCGACUGCCAUACUGAACUCAAAGAACGUUGGAUAUACGACAGACGAAAACAACGAAUAAAGGCUGGAAUCACCGAAGAGGAACAAGAGAUGGUGGAGAAUCAAGAAUGGGAUGUUCAGUUAGAAUUAGCUAAAGACACAAACAAGUCAUCCAGACCAACUCACCCGAUUUUUGAGCCACUGGAAGAAUUUCACGUUUUCGUUCUUGCAAAUACACUUCGUCGUCCAAUCAUUGUCUUGUCUGAUUGUGAUCCAAAUUACGAAGCUCCGUGUGAUACGUCAGACGGAUUUUCGGGAAUAUAUUUGCCUGUUUUGUGGAAGUCGUCAGAAUGUGUUCACUCGCCCUUGAUUCUUGGGCACAGUGAUGGAUAUUUCAGUCCCCUUGUGAGUUGGGGUGGGGGCCAUAUUCCUGAGGAAGCACCCCCAGACGUUAUUCCUCUGGUUCUGGAAGAUCAAAGAUCACUACAUAUUCGAUUUUUAACAAAGGAAGAGGAGAUGUAUCGUGCACAGCUUCUGAAAGACUACUUGGUGGUAACUGAGGUUGAAUACCUGAAGCCAAACAAAGGGGCAGUAAUGAUAGCGGCUGCCCAGUUAAUCAUUCGGACAUUAGAUGAAACAACUCGCUUGCUGCUCGAGUUCUUCCAGCUACGACAGAAAUCAAAAGUAGGUAUUGGUAAAACUUCAUCAAAUACCACCACCCAGGCUAAUCGGAAGGUUUCCAGGUUUCGCUGUGGUAAUAAAGAAUGUACCAACCUUAUCGAAAAGGAUCAUACGUUUCCAUACUGCACCGAAUGCUACGAAGUGAAGAGUGUUAAAGCAGCUAAAAAUUCUCCAGUGCGUCGAAAAGUCAACUAUGCACCUCCUUGUUCACCACUGACCCAAUUAAAUAUUGAUUGUGCCACGCCCGGUUGUCCUUAUUUGGCUUCUGUAAACGCCUUUCCAUUCUGCCAACGAUGCGAAGAAUCUUCGACGAAACAGAGCCCAGGAGAACAUACAGUUAAAGAAGUUCAAAAGAAGGAAAUAUCGGUCGAAGACAGAUGGUGGAAACUAGCUCUGGGUGUGUACGACGCCGAUCUCGUUUGUGGACAAGUAUCGGACACUGAUUCUGCAUCAAAAUUAACAGAGGGCGCCACUUAUUCUACUACGGAAAGAAUCCCCUUUGUUCAUGAGGAAGAAGAAUUUGCACUGCGCUGGGUUUCAUCAGAAGAGCCGAUAGCUCAGUCUAUUCCUGUACCACGUAGAAAGAUAUCGGCAACGGGUAAUCGCAGCAUCCUCGCAGGCCCUUCUCAAGAACCACCUCGACGAAAGAUAUCUGCAAGUGGAGCUAGAAGUAUCGUCACUCCUCAAAGACGAAUAUCCAGAGAACAACUCGAUCACGCCAGAAAUAUAAUCGUCGUUGGAACCAACGAACUAGGAUAGCCCGUGGUACACCUAACUAACGUGACG